CACCGCCGCGCCGCGUGUUCGUCCAGCGCCAACCGCCGUCCGGGCCAGUUAGUUUCGACGCGGUCGCCGUGCGCGGAGAGGAAAAAAACCGUUUAAUUUUCGUAUUUUCUUAUUGUAAUUUAAUUUUCUGUAGAAAAAAAAAAACGACCGUUUGGGUGUAAUUUACAAAAAACGUCGCCUGCGUAUUAAUUAUUGCACCGGUAGCGACAGCCGUGUAGAAUAUUUCGCGAUCGUAUCAUAAAUCGCCCGCGUGCACGAUAAAUAAAAUAAUACCGUUCGCCAAAACACGGAUAUUCGUGUGCCGAGAUUUUCGCGACGAGCGACAAUUAUUGUGUCGAGUGCAUGAAAAAAAAAAAAACAACCCGGUUUUUUCUUCCUUCUCUUUUACCUGUGCCGUAUAACAAUUUUAUUAUCUGUAAUACGAAGUCGAGCACAUGCAAUCGUACGUCGCCGAACGCAAAAAAAGCGCCGCGGCAACUAUGGUAAAUAUAUUAUACCUAAUCAUAUUAUUAUAAUACCUACCUAUAUACACAGUAAUUAUUAUUAGAUAAUUAUUCGUAAUUUAUCGCUUCGGCAAAACGACCGUGUACAGAGUGCCACGAUAUCUAUUCGAACCGCACGCGUCGUCGGAUCUCCACACACCGGGCACACCUCGUAUGCGAUACGCGCCUAGAGUCCGGAAAACAUCGGUAAUAAUUUGCACAAUGUUACAAGGCUACGUUAAAACGAAAACGCAUUAGCCGACAAUAAUAUUAUGAUAAUUAUUAAUAAUAAUUGAUUUUAUGCCGGCCGAACCGGUGGCGUUAUACUAACACGCGUCCUGUCGGGCGUGUACGGUGUAUAAUAGCCACUAAUGUAUGCGAUUGUUUUUAUAACCGCACUAUAUUAUUAUUUUAAUCUCGCGAGUGCGAAACAUACGACGGCGGGAGGGGGGAGGGAUCGAGAGGGAAAUCGAAAAGAAUAAAUUAAAGGCGUCACGUUGCGUAAUCGAACGUAUAUUAUCGGGUUGAAGAGAAGUGGCGGUCGACGUGAUCUCGAUGAGACUUCGAGUGCCCGGCGCACGCACUCAGAAACCGAGCAAACAUUUACCUGUUUACUUGUUAUUGGUGCGUUUCGACGGUCGUGUGUCACCGCGUUUCGUACCGUGAAAAAUCGUUCGGUCCUUUCGCGCCGCCGUAAAGUUUUCCCGCGUACCCGGCGUACAACAGCCGGAGGACCUACACCCGAACCGAAUUCAGUGACGAACGCGAUUUCUCGCGGCCCCGUAAUUUAUGGCAUUUAACAAGACUCGCGCGUACAGGCACAGGAUAAUAUCGGAAAGUUCGAACGACGACGUGGACUAUUCGGUGAGUGUCUAUUGCGUUCGAUAACGAAACUUAUCGUCUGUGAGACCGCUUAUGUGUGUGUGUGUGUGUGUGUGUGUGUACCCGAGGCCGGGGUAUUCGUGACCGCGGGAGAUUUUUGGUGCUGCGAUCCCCCCUCUCCGUCGUUUUUUUUAUUUGGCUAUGGUCAAUAACGAGGUCGUAAACACCCUAGACCAUCGCCCGAAACCCCGAAGCCCUUUUUACAGACGCUCUGCUUUAUCGUCGGGGAUCGAGGUGAAGCACGGGAACGUCAAGUAUUGUCUCGGUUACAGCGCCCGAUACUUCCGGGCUCGGGCCGUACGAAGUUUUUCACAGCACGCAUUGAAGCCCGCGUUAUAACGAGUCGUUUCCCGAACCAGAUGAUUCGUGUCCGCCGCAUAUUUUAUAACGGUACAUACAAUAAUAUUGUAUCCCAGGAAGUAUUUUCUCUGGUCGGUUUAGGUAUAAUAAAGUACGCUCGAAACGAAUGCGCGCUGUGGAGUACUCGCAGAGAAACGGUAUUGACGGCCAGGUGUUCUAGAAACAAGCGAGUAACCCUAACCACACUGUAGACGGGAAUAGGACGAAACGGAAGAAUGAGUGUAAUACCGUACGAUUGUCGACGGUGUUAUAAUAUGAAAAAACCCGACGAUUAUUUUUUUACUAAAUCCGCAAAGAGUUUGUUUAUUAUAUAUAUUAUAAAUGCGAAACUCGUUCAUACUCUUCCCCCACCCCCGAUUUUUAUCGCGGGCACGACUGUCGUAGCCAAAAUAACGUAUACUUAGCAGGGAACACGACUCGUUGCAGGUUUCGGUGCUUAAAAACCGAGAAGGAAAAAAACCGUACGUGAAAUAAAAUAAAAUAUUAUGUGGCUUAUAAGUGUUUACCAAACUGUUCCACAACUAUUAAUCAUAUUAUCGUCAAUCAGGCCGCCCUGCCCCUUUUUUUUUCUUUUUUUUUACUCUAUACCAUCGCUUAUAUAACUUUGUGCACAUAAUAUAUUUUAGUACGUAGGUAGAUAUAUAAUAAUACUGGUGUACGGUUACUAGUGAUGCGUAUAGCACAAUAAUACAGCACAGUGGUACAGUACACCCGUCUAAUAUUGUUAAAUUAUAUUACACGUAUCGAUUGAAACCUUACUAUAUAAUAUUAACGCAGUACAGAGUUAGUAGCCGGUUACGAGUUUACGACACAUGACGUCACACAAACACGGUAUACGGACUGCAGUAGUAAUAGCGAUAAUCUUCUGAAGUCGUGUGUGUGUGUAUAUAUAUAGGCUUUCGGCUUUCAGCGUUGAAAAAACUAAUAAGCGAAAUGGAAAAAAUAUCGCAGUAGGUACUAAUAAUAUUACGACGAAAACGAUAUCUCGAUGUAUUCUAUUAUAGUAUACAAGUAUUGUACACCUAUAUUUACGAAAAAAAGCAUAUGUUUACCGAAUAACUUUACGUAAACCGUUGGCCAUAAAAGAGAAUAUAUGUCUACAUAAAUAUUGCUUUAUGCCACGGUACCUGCUAUAUAGUAUAGCAGUUUGGUACGUAAAGCUGUUUAUAAAAAACGUAUAUUGCAAUAACGAUUUACGAUGAUAAACAUUAUAUAAAUUGUUUCGGUUAUGUAUUUAUGUAUUAUUAUAUUAUAUACCAACGUAGACUAUAUUUUUACAAAGUGGGAGGAAAUCAGAAAUCUCCCAUGGUACCUCUAUAACGCCAACGGAUAAGUCGACAAAUGGAGUCGCAGUCGGGUCGUCAGCCGGUGUCCAAAAUAAUUUUGUCGAAUAAUUUGAAGAGUCCUGAACCAAGACUUGAACGAAUCGUCCCGUCUCGGAUAUUUGAGUUAAAAAUACAAAAAAAGACGAUGUGUAACAAUCACGAGUAAAAUUAAAUCAACUGUGAUGGGAUAAAAUGAAAAAGAGCUUCAGGUUUUUUAUGUGACAAUAGUAAAUUACAAUGAGACUGUUCAAAGCGGUAACGUAAAAUUAGUGUAUCAGAGAUGAGAAUGUUUGUUGGUGGAUGAGUAGAGGGAUGAGAGAAGAUAUAGGAUAGGAACGAAUACAUAAUAGUAAAUAAGCGUAGGCUUCGAUAGUAGACAAAAUAAGAGAAAACAGAUCGAGAUGGUUUGCGCAUGACACGAGGAGAGAGAAACCAAGAUCAGUAAAAGAAUGGUAAUGAAAAUAAACAUCCGGGGAAAGAGAGGACGGCCGAAAAAAAAAUUGUUGAGAAUGAUAUGAGGACACUCGUGGGCAGCCAGUGUAUGCAAGGUUGGAGAUUGGGUCAAGUGAAAGUCUAGGACGAGGGUGGUCGACCCCAAAUAGCUGGGAUGAAGAUUAAGGGGAAGAAGCAAGACUAUAUUUUUCACAAUAAUAUGUAAUUACGCAUGUGACUUUUUAUAAACAUGUACUCAAUACCUGUAUAAAUAUAUACACAUAACAGUGAUUACUAAUAUGAUCAUCAAACACAGUAAAUAACUGCUGCUGAGCGUUUGUUGUUAUUUGUUAAAAAAUUCGAAUUCUUUGUUUCGUUCGUUCUUUUUGUUUACUUUUUCUUUUUCUUUUUUAAUUACUCGAUAAUUAUUACGUCGUAAUUCUUUGGAAUUGAGAAGUGAAUUUUUAUUUAUAAAAAUCGGGGUAAAAGAUGUUUCGUUCGUAAGAAAAAAACAACCUAAAGAAAAAUAGUAACCUAUAUUAUUUUAAUUUUCAAUAUUAAACACUUUAUAUAGAUUGUAUUAAAUAACCUGCAACAGUUCGGGAAACUGUUCGCCGAUAAUGUCUUGAACAAAUUAUAAAACAGGAAAAAAUAUUUCUGAUUAGAUUUAGAUUUGUGUAUGUUGUGAUAACACAACAUUUGUUUAUAUGCCAUCGUAUGUUUGUACUUAAACUUUAAAACUAUUUUUAGUUUAAAAUACCGGUUUAAUUUUUUUUUAAUAUUAUAGUUUUAGAAACAGGUUUUGAGUACACCUGCACAAAAACCUACACAAAAAAAAGUGAAGAAUUUAUCAACUGAUUUUUUAGCUAUUUAAAUAACUGCCUUUUUAUUAUACAACUAAAAACAUGCAUGAAAAUAGAAUAUUUUUAAAUUUACACAAAAAAUUAUCGAACACGUUUUUUUUUUAUACUCAAAAAUAAAUUUUAAAAUUAUAAACCGAUAGCAAAUAUCUUUAUAAUUAGAUAAUAGUUAAUAUUUUUAGUUCAUUGAUUGAUAACUUAUUUUUUCAAUUUUUGCUUCAGUUACCGGACAAUAUCAUGUAACUCAUUAUUACUUAUAAUACAAACGUUAAUCUUUACAAUACAAUAUUAUUACUUGUGUAAAGAGGACGUCACAUCCGCCUGAUCUGUUCUCGCCUCACAAACGCACGCCAUUUUUAUUCAACCGGGACAAGUUUUAAUAGUAGAGUAAAUUGACUUUAAAUCAAAUUUAAAGGCAUUAACACUAAUUGCGCCAAUGAGUCGGGUUUUUUUUCUAGAUAUUUUAAUAUUUUCAAGCGAGAUGCGAGUAUGUAAAAAAUUCACAAUUAAAAUAUGCUUACAUCUCGUUUGAAAAUGAAAAUAUUGAGAAAAGACUACCAAGAAAGUUACACCAAACAAUGCUCCUUUUUUAAAGUUUGAUAAUAGACCGAUUCACUCUAAAGUCUAAUACUAAAACUAAAAGCAUAAAAUUGUCCCCCACCUGAAUUUUCUAUGUCAAGCGUUUGUAAGACAUGAACAUUCGGGUGCGGCGAACUAUUAAUACUUUAUUUAUAUUUAUUUAUUAUGCCCGAGAGUCAUAAUAAAGUAAGACCUAAUAGUUUAACCAAAACGUUAAAAAAGUGUUUGCACUUGAUAAAUAUUUUUUACAAACAUGUAUAUGUACCUAUAAUUUAAAUAUAAAUACGAAUAUAAACCGUAUAAAAACUAUUAGAGGCGAACUUGGCAUAAUAAAAAAAAAUCAUUCAAAUAUUUUAAUUUUCCUAUAUUCUUCACAAUAUUUAAAAAGUAAGAAAAAUUGUUAGGCAUUAUUUGUUUUGCAUAAUGUUAAUGCGAUUUUUGUUUAUCUGAACGCUCAAAACGUUACAGAUUGUAAUUUUACGGUAAUAUGCUUUUUAAAAUAUUCUCCAAUUCGAUGUAAAUUUUGACUAUAAAUAAUAAAAAAAUUUGAAACCAGUGAGCAAAAAAUUAAGCUCCCGUUUAAAAAUCUACUUGAAGUCAUAAUUCGAGUAUGAUAAUUAACCAUGAAUCAAAUUCAAAUUCUAAGUAAUAAUACAAUAUACUACAUUUACAUGUCCCCUUGUAGCCCACUCAAACUAGUAACUUACCAUGCAAAAGGCUGAGUAGGUAUAUCCAAUAUAAAUCUGUGUGUAUCUUACGAAAUAAUUAUUUAUGUUAAAUUUAAAUUAUUUUCAAUUCAAUAGAAACAACUUUUAUCGAGAAUGCUUAUAAACCUUAGUGGUGUAUUUUGGAUUUUGCUUCAAGGAGAUAUUGAAUUGUGUAACAUGUACUUAGGCUAAGAAGAGAGGCUUAAAAAAUUUUUUUAAGUGAUCUGUAAUUCAAUCAGCCCUAAAAUUAUCACUGAAAUCAAAUGACUAUAGAUAGGUAUAUUAUCAUUGAUUACAAUCUGCCAAGACAUCAGUAAUUAUUAUAUUAGUUUAGGAUUGUCUAAAUAUUGGUACGGUCCAUAGAGUUUAUAACAAACGAAAUUAUAAACGCGGAAUACUGGUACUCUUCAAAAUUUAAUUUUCAAGGCUUCUAAAAUAUUUACAAUGUUCCUAUAGUUUUUAUAAAUCCUCAUUCAUCAACUAUAGUUAAAUUAAAAAUUUAAGCUAAAAUAUAAAAUACAUAAAACGAAGCAGACAGUUACACAAUAAUUAUUGUAAUAUACAACAAAAUACCCAUUAUUGAUUUAUGGACAAUUAUAACUAUUUUAUAAAUUUUGCUUUAUUAUUUAAAAAUUGGUCUAUUGUAGUUUAUUUAUUUAAGUAUAUCUCUCACAUUCUUAUUGUGCCUUACAAUACGUUUUUUAUUUUGUUUACAUUUACGCGUUCAAAUAGCAUGUAUAUUUGAUAACUGACUUACAUACCUAUUGGUGUAUUUAAUUUUUAUACUCUGGGAAACCUUGAUUGUUGAGGACCAGUACCAGUAUAUUCCGCGUUUGAAAUGGCCGUACUAAUUUUCCGUUUAUUUACUUUAAUUAGGUUCUUAUCUCCUAUACUAAUCCGACUCCUUCACAUUAAUGUAAUUCGAAUAGGUUUCGUUUUCAACAAGAAAAUGACGUAUACGUUUAGGUUUUGUUUGAUAUAUAAACUAGGUAGGUAUCAACAUAUUUUAGAUUUUUUUGAUUAAGAAGUAAAUAAAUUUGAAUUAAAAAUAAAAAAAGUUGUCUUAAAUAAUAGAUAAUAAAAAGAGGUCAAGAAAUAUAUCUCCCUAUAAUCGCUAUCAUUAAAUUCUCUGCUGUUUAUAAAUGUAAUAGACAGUUAAAUUAAAAAAAAAAAAAAUAUUUCAAUUCAAUUAUUGGCAGUAAUAUAUUUGUGAUAACUGCACUAAUAUAUAGGCAUUUUUCAUAAGACGGUUUCCCAUAUUUACACAUAGGUAUAUAAUAUACAAUUAAACUUUCAGGCCACUUUAAUUAUACUAAAAAAAAACAAAAUCAAACAGUUACUACUGCUAGCUAAUAAUGGAAAUGUUAUAUUGUAAUAUUUCUGAACAAAUUAUUACAUCACAGUCUGACUGAACAAUUAAUUCCGUUCUCUAAAAUUAUUAAGUAGGCACUUAUCUCACUAGUUUUGAAUUCAAAAUAAUAAUCUAGAAUACUAAAAAUGUAAAUAAUUAUUUAUAAUCAUUAUGACUUAAGAACAAAAACGAUCAAUAAUAAUAAUAAUAACAAUAUAGGAUAAUAAAUUCAAUUCUAUCUGCUUCUAUCAGCUUCUAUUAUAUGAAUAAUUUAAAAAAAUAUAUAAUAUUCUAAAGAAAAAUACCUAGAACAAUUAUUUUAGCUUCAAUUUUAUAAAUAUAUAUAUGAAAUCAGAAAUUAUUUUGUAUUUAUAAAAUAAAAAAACGAGUUUUGAAUUCAUUUGCAAUCAUCAAUUGUAAUUCUCGUGUUAUUUUUUUUAUUUUUUUAUAAGUACAUAGUUUUCAAUACAGAACCGCUUUAACAAAAUUACGUAAUAUUUUCAACUCGACUAGAAUUGUAUAUAAAUUGAUGAUAAAAAAAAAUAAAAGAAUAAGGAAUGUCAAAACCGAAAUUAAAAAAAUACUAAACGUAUAAAAUCGCGUAUUUUAUAAUGGUGUUGCUGCCCAAGUAUAAAAUAUCUGUUAUAAAAAUGUAAUAAGUAACCAAUUUAAAAUAUUAUUAAGUCUAAACAAUAAAUACGAGUAAACAUGAGUCUUCAUCUUUGAGAGCAUAUAAAUAUAAUAUAUAUUUUGACUUUUUUCGCCCCUCAGAUCCAAAACUCAAAUAAUCAAAUUUUAAUUUCGGAAAACAAUGAAAAACAGUCACGCUGUAUAAAGCCAACCGUUUCCGACGAAACCGUUCUGGAUUAAUUAAAUAAAGUGCCAAAUUUAAAUCUAUAUGAACAAAUGAAAGUAGAAUCCGUCCACCUUCACCUCCCCCUAUCCAAUUCGAGUUCUGUAUAUCCAUUCGUUUAUCUGAUUAGUAAGUAACUCUCGGUCGCUAAUGUAUUGGACAUUUUCACAGAGAGGUGUGACUACAAUGUUUUAUUUCUUAAAAAAAUAUGCCUCCCUAAUAAUAAUAAUAUUAAUAAUAUUAAUAUUAUAAUAUUACUAUAAUAUAGUAUACCAUUAUUAUAUAGGUACAACAAAUAUAUAAUUCGUAUUACAAACGGGCAAAAUAUUAUGAAGGUACAGUUUAUAAUAUGUUAUUCACUUAUACGGAUAUUAUUUUAAAUAAAAAUGUGUUGUUAUCUAAUAAAUACAUUAAUAAAAGAACUAUACAAGGUGUCCCACGGAUAAUCUAAUACUUGAACUAAUUUUUAUUCUAUUAAAUAUGUUUAAUAUAUAAUAAAUAAUUAAUAUGCCUCUGCGCUACAGUUAAUAUAAAAUAGUCAUUUUUUUUUUUUAGGUGUGUUAACUUAAGAUUAAAAAUUAAAAAUUUUACUAUAGUUUUUUUUAAAAAAAAUCAACUUAACCAUUUUGUAAAAUAGAUUUUUAGAACAUUUUUGGUAAUUGAAACUUUUGUUUAAGUAGGUAUUAUGUAUUUUAUUUUCUAUCAUUCAUUGAAGUUUUCGCAAAUACGAUUAUUAUUGUAGUUUAUAAUCUAAUACAAUAUUUAAUCAGUAAAAAGUCGUUUUAUUGUAUGAUAAGAAAAUCAUUGUCAUUUUGUAUGCUCUAACUUCUGAUUAAAUAUUACUAUAGAUUAUGAAUCACAAUAAUAUUUGCAUUUGCCAAAACUACAAAAAAUUGUCGAAAAUAAAAGAUCGUACUUGUAAACAAAAGUUUCAAUCACCGAAAAUUUUCUAAAAACCUAUUUUACAAAAUAGUUAUUUUUAAUUAAAGUAAAAUUUUAAACUUUUUGUUUCUAAGUUCUCCAACUAAGAUAAAAUAUUAUUGCAUUAACUAUAGCCCAAAGCAUACUAAUUAUUAAAAAAAAAAAAAAAAUAUUGAAUGAAACAAAAAUUAUUUCAAGUGUCAGAUAACCCGUGGAACACUCUGUAUAAGAUUUUUUUUAUAACUAAUGGUUUGAAAAUCGAAUUCGUCGUGACCCCAGGGUACAUAUCAUUAUACUAUUCUUAAUCUAAUCUCCUAAUUAUUUACUGAGAAUAUAUAGAGAUAAAACAAAAUUUAAAACUGUUAUUAAAUGACAAAUGUUAUUAUAUCACCUACCUAUAUAUAUAUAUACACGAUAUAUUUUGUAUAAAACAGUCGAAUUGCGAUAAAUCAAAUUUCAUCAAUGGUAGGCAACUAAAAAUAUUUGAUAAUUCGAAUAUUAUAAAACAUACAUAUAAGUAUUCGAUAUUAUUUGUAUUAAUAAAUUAUCAGUCAAUAAAAUAACCACUAUACUCGUAAACCGACUGUAUAUAAAUAUGUAUACGAGUAUAUUACUUUAUUUAGGUUUAUAAUGUAAUAAAAAAUAAUAUCCCCAACAAAUCGAUUAAAAAAAAAGAUUUAUUUUGAAUUUCAACGGUUUAUUGAAUGUUAAUUAUUAUUAAUUGUUGUUGCGUCCAAUGUUAAUAUCCGUAUACGUAAACAGAUAUGAGGUAUGAACAAAUAUUAAAUAAAAAAGUAGGUUCGUUUUCAUUGCGGUGUUGUAAAACAGUGUUUAUCAACCUGGUGGUCGUGACCCGCAAAGGGGUCACGAGUGAUGUGAGGAGGUCGUCAAAAACUAUAAGUAUCAUGCAUACUGUAAAUCGUAUCAUUCAAGUUUUGUUAAACGAUUUUUGAAGGGGUCGGCAAAAAUGAAAAAAAAAAUUAUGGAGUUGCGAUUCAUAUAAAAGAUUGAAAACCACUGUUGUAAAAUAUUCAAUAUACGUUACCUAUAAGGAUAUUGUUUCAGUUAUGAUUCAUGACGUUAACCUACUCGAAUCAUGUUGUUAAAUAAAACUUGAAGACGGAAUUUCCUUUAACAGUAUAUAAAUCGAAAUGUAUUAUUUAUAAUAAACGAUUGAACGGAUCGAACAACACAGUUUUUGUACAAAUUACCAUAUAAUAUAGGUAGAUAUCCGAUUUUUCGAUUAAACGUACAAAAUAUAAAUUGUCUGCGAACAGCGUACAAUUGAUAUAUACUAACUCGUAUACAACAGCAAAAAUCGGGAACAAGUUAAUGGAAACAAUUUAAAUGCAAAAUAUGUUAGUAGGCAAUAUUAACUCGGUUAAAAAAGUUAGUUCAUUGUUUCUUUUUUUCCUGAAAAAAACUAUCACGUUGAUAAUAAUCUAUAUUUACCAAUAAUAAUAGUUCAAAACCCUAAAAAUAAUCAGAUUAGAUUACAUUAGAUUGUAUACCUAUCUGCAAACGUUGAGUUAUUAUUUUACAUAUGCGUUUAAUUACUGUAAUUACGUUGUCCAAUUUCACACGCGUAUUUAAAAUAUUCGUGUAUUUUAAACACGCCAACACACGUCUAAAAUAUUCGCUUUAUAGUCUAUAUAUAUAUACGCAAUCAAAAUAUCUAAUCAAACUGUAUAGUUAAGUAAAUUAUAAUUCUUGAUAAACAAUUCUAAUUAAUAAUCUAAUUGACUAGGGAUAUUCGAGUUAAAAAUGUGAAUGACUAACAUUGGAUAUUGUAAUAAUAUUGGUAAUCGAGUUGUUUUCUUUUUUUAACGGAUAAUAAUAAUUAUUUUGUGUUUUUUCGUAUCCAGUCGAGAAGUUCGUUCACGCCCACGGAAUACCUAUUCAAGAUUUUAGUCAUCGGCGAGCUCGGCACCGGCAAGACUUCCAUAAUCAAACGUUAUGUACACCAGUUCUUCUCGCAACACUACCGGGCGACCAUUGGGGUGGAUUUCGCGUUAAAAGUCCUCAACUGGGAUUCAAACUCUAUCGUCAGACUGCAACUAUGGGACAUAGCCGGUGAGUGUAAUAAUUAAUUAACUUGCCCUUCCGGUUAAUGAUUUCGGUAAACCGGUAAUCCGGCGUCUAUGCUCGUUUAUAAAAAAAGUAUACACUUUUUUGACGAGGAAUCUGUCAUUAAAAGUGCUGGUGUACAGUCUGCAAAAUUGAAAAAUAACUAUAAUACAGAUACAUAUAAACAAACCACUAUUAUAGUGCUGCGAUACCUAUUUAUGUUAUCUCGAGUUUGUGCAGUCCUUUAAUUCGUAUAAUCUGUACGUUAUUCUGAUUACAUUUCGCGAAAUAAUACCUGUCUAUUAAUCACACUACAUAUUACAGCCGCUAUUAGCUUAUCCAGCGAUGAAAUGCACUUAACUAAAAAAAAAAACAAAAACGAAACGCGCUAUAAUUAGCGUAUAUCAAACCACCUGCUAAACCACACGCUUAACCCAUUAAGUACCCAUUAAAACCGACUUACGAUACGCUUAAAAUUACGAGGUCCGGAACUAUGACACUUUACACACCGUCUCCAUGCAUUAUCCUGCACUGUGUUUAUAAUGUCGCGAUCAUUAAUUAUUUUGAAAAAUAACCGUCGUAUUUACGCGUUAGGUAUGGAACUUCAGAUGUGCCAAAUAGUUUUGGUAACCCCGGACCGGGGCGGGUUCUAGUCGGGUCACGAAAAAGAAGGGCCCCAGGGGCGUCAUUUCAAUUUUAUAUUGUUGGAGCUAAAAUGUUUGCAAGUCAUUUCAAACCAUUACCAGGCCACAAUAAUGGGCACUUUUUCUUUUUUUUUGGUAGAAUCGGUCAAAUACCCCUCUAUGUUCUUCUUUUUUGCCAAUUAUAUGGGGCCAGCUAUAUAAUACCAACUCAAAAUAUGAUGAUACUAUUAAACACUUAGGAGGUAUAUCCAUGCUUAUAUAUAAUUUUUGGUAGGCCAAAGAUGACGUUUUAAAAAUAGUAGGUGCGAAUGUACACUCUGCACCCACACCCCCCCCAAAUGACGUUCCUGAAGGACUAUAAUAUGAAGUUCCUAUAAGUUAACCUUGUCAGGGGAUGUUGAUGGACUAUAAGCUAAUUCUUCGGCUGAUUCAUAGGAUAAUAGCUGGAAGUGAAGUAUUGUGUUAAACAAAACCCCUUUACUGCUAUCGUGGUUAUACUUGGAAAAAAAUAAAUAGUUUUACCAUGUUGUAUACGAAUUGAAUAUAAAUGUUUUAAAUUAACUAUUAAAAAAAAAAUUAUGUUUUUUUUCUUUAAACCGACUCGUAAAUUACAUUUCUAUACUGUAUAAUUAAAAAAAAAAUACCUUUUACGUCGGGUUUUUAAUAAUUAUUAUCGCCAGUUGCGGUCGGGCAUACUGCAGUCUGCAAUAAAAAAAAAAAUAGAACUUAAAUAUUACCCCACCCAAAUUGCGAUCCGUGUUCUUAAUAAAAUAUACAGCUCUUUGUCGUCCUAUUCGGCGCUAUCCGAGUCGCGGUCGGCGGCGUUAAAUAUAUCGGAGUAAAGUUUUAUUUUACCGCAACACGUUGUCGUUUCAACAUCGAUUUUUAUAUACCUAGCAAAAACGCUAAAAGUUUUCUGUACUUACACUAUAUUAUAGUGCUACACGGAUCGUUUAGAAUUCGAACAAUAUCAGUGGCGUAACUAGAAUUUCUAAUGCCCGUAGCAAACUGUCUUACUUACAUAGAGUGCACUACGACAGCGCCCGAAAUUAAAACAACCACUUCAAAAACAAAAAUGUUAUACUGAAUGUUAAUCUAAAAUAUCUUAAAAAUUUAGCAUAAACAUCAAAGCAAAAAGGCUGAUAAGCAAAAUACAUGCAUGUAUUUUCAUGUGUACAUCCCCCCACCAUAAAUUUGACAAAGCAAUGGUCAUCGCCAGUUUUUUAUUCAUCUGUCCAUCCACUGAAAACUAAUGCCUUGGGUACCGAGAUUUGGGGCCCCUAAAUUUCAUGAAACCGUGGCUCAUUACCCGUCAUGUCACCCUAGUACUGGACAGUAUGCGCUGUCAAUCGUAAAACAAAAAAAAUCAAUUAGUCAUAAAUAUAAUAAUAUACCCGUUGUAUUGAAAAAUACCAUUAAUAUAGAGAUACUGCAGGCUAAACGCGUAUAACUAUUUAGUAUAUACUUAAAAAAAAAAAAAAACCGUAAAAUGAAAAUGAUUUAAAAUUAGUGCACUUUAAAAUAAUAUAUUGUUUUUUUUUUUGCUGUGAUGGCCUUUGAAAAAAGUUUCCGCGUCCUAUACAAUAAUUUGUAUUUAUUUAUUUGUUGAAUCAUUUGAAUUUACGCCAAAAGCUCAAGUACAGUAAUUUCAAAUAUACAAAUAAAUUAAACUUAAUAAUUAAUUAUAAAUAAUAAGAAUGAAGAGGGAAAUAUACAUUGUUUCAACUUCGAAAUAAACAAUCAACAAAUUAUUUUAACAAAUAUAAAUUUAAAAAAACAAUGUUUAAUAACGAUAAUAAUGUUCACGGCUAUCAUUUAUCAUUAUAAGUGGCGUUUUAGGAUUGAAGGACUAUCGGGUUUAAAAAAUCAAAAGUAGACAAUCUAUAACACUCAACAAACAUUCUAUUCAGAGGCGUUUUAAAACCGUAAGAAGUUCUAUAUGUGAGAAGAUUUAGAUAUCGCUUUUGAUAAUUUCUCGUCUCGUGAUUUAUGUGUGUGACAUUUCCUGUAGGUAUAACCUAACGAGUUUAUUAUUUGUAUACGUACACCGUGACGACCCGUGACGAAUACGACGUCUUUAUCAAUCGUAAUAAUUACUGUGAAAGUACAAUACAAUAUAUAUGUAUACACAAUUAUAGGUACACCAAUUAUUGCCUACUGUAAUACGGUGUACAACACGUCAUGUUGUACGGACCAGUAUAGUUAUCGAGACGUAUAAAUAUAUAUAAAUAUAAAUAUAAAAAAAUAAUGCGAAUUCGUUCAGAGUUAAAAUAGCAUUAUUUAUUUGAUUUGUUGCAAUUAUUAUUUUUUUCUGUUCGAUUAUUGUUUGAACAUCACUCGAUACAUCACUGGACACACCAUACACGGUUUUGUUUUUUUUUUUUUUUUUUUUUUUUUUUGUAUUUAUUGAACACGUCAAACAAUGCGAUUGCAGACUGUUAUUGUCUUUACCGGGGUGGAAAAUUAUUCCAGAUAUUACAUUAUAUUAUUGUAAAUAUCGUAUAAUUCAAUAUCACACCGUUCGAACGGAAUAUUAUAAGUAACACACGGAACCCUACUAUAAAAACUAGCGCGCUGGUCAAUAUUUUUGACCGAUCCGUUAAUUUCUCUAAAUUCGGCUAGGAUUACUAGAGAAAUUAUACACAUAGCAGAUAUCAUCAAACUAGACAACUUGGACAGUUUAACGGUUAUUACUUAUUAUUAUGUUAAUCGAUUAAAUUAAUAAAUAAUUUGUGUUGUAAUCCGGAUUUGAUAUUCAGCGCUACCGAAAAUAGUGCUAUUAUUAUAAUAAAAGUAUAGGUAAUUUGUUAAGUAAAUAUAGGUUUUUAAUUUUGGGUUAUUUCACUGCGAACUGUGACUUACCGAAAACAAACAAAAACUCGUACCUAUAUCUACCUAUUUGCCCGUAUAUUGCUCUUAUAUAUUAUCCGCUGCUUUUAACAAAUAAUAUCCCUGUCCCGUUUUGAUUGUGACAUUUAUUAUAGGCCAGGAGAGAUUCGGGAACAUGACCCGGGUGUACUACAAAGACGCGCUGGGAGCGUUCAUAGUGUUUGACGUUACGCGUCCGGCCACGUUUGACGCGGUAGUCAAGUGGAAACAAGACUUGGACGCAAAGGUUUCUCAGGAGGACGGGACACCGAUACCGUGCGUCCUGCUCGCAAACAAAGUGCGUAAACCGUAUUUUAUACGUAUAACUUAAUAUAAAUGUAACAUGUGUUAUAGGUACUAACAUCUACAUUAUACGGAAUGAUUCAAAAUUUAUGUAAUAGCCAUGUUAUCAUAUACAUAUUCAAAAUAGAAAAAAGUGUAUAACACAAAUAAUUUUUUUUUUUUUUAUUCCAAUAAACAUUUUCAGUUGUAAACUUAUUAUAGCUUCUAAUAGCGUUCUGAAAACAAUUGGAAUAGUUAAUUAUUUAUUUUUGAAAAUGUAUUAUGUAACCAAAGGGACAAAAUAAAAAUAAAUCGCCAAGUGCUAUCUAUUGCGAGUUGUGACUUAUUUAUAGUAGAUAUUAUAAUUAUUAUUAUUACUAACCGUUGCUCGCUGAUAACGUGUCAUCUUUGGAUUUAGGUGCAUCAUUUUUAUCAUAAAGUUUAGUCACAGAAAAAAUUUUAAUUUAUUUAACCAAUUAACUCGAUAAACAAGAUUUGAAUAUGACAUGAAUAAUGAAUAAUUAAGCUGAGUUUCCAUUACACCGUGUCCGGUGCAUUAAUCUACGUAUUCUGAUUAGUUGAACCAAGUAGUACCAGGUAUUAACCAACCGUUUAGCCAAUCAGAAUACGUACGGGACACGACGUAAUGAAAACUCAGCUUUAAGCUAGUACCUACGUUUAGAAUAUUUCUGUUUUAAUACCAAACCAGUUUUAUUAUAUCUAAAUUUUAAAUACGUUGUAUUCAUAACAAUACAUUUUUAAACAAAUCGCGCAUGAUGUACGUAGCAACUCAAAUUAUUAAUAAUCCUACCAGCCCAGUCCGCCUCUGAUAGUAUUUUGGUUUAUCUAAAUGUAAAAUUCAAUAUUGAUAGAUAUAAGUAGGUAAGUGUUCUGGACCCCAUCACAAAAAAAAAGUCUGAAUACGGCCUUGGAAAGACCAAAUAAAUAUCUAGUCUUUUUUUAAAAAAAAAUAAAUAGCAAUAGGUAUGUAGGUACCUACAAUUCUACAAUUAUUUGUCAUCUCUAGAGACAGUAUUUUGAUUUUUCAUAAUUAUCUAUUAAAAAUAUAUUAAUUUUGAAAACAGUUUCCUUUCAAAAAAGGUGCUACACUCUGGUAGAAAAUGUACACACAAAUAUAAAAAAAAUAAAUAUCAUUGUAAAACCAUGAUAACCAAGCUUAUGAGCUUCUUAACUCUACUCAGAUUCUAAAAUAUGUUAUAUAAAUCUUCUUUAAAAUCUAUUAUUUAAGGAUAAUGUCCUACAAAGUAUACAAUAACAAUAUAACAAUAUAAAUAAGUAAUUAAUAAAUAAGUAUGAGAUGAGUUUUUAACUAAGAUAGAAUUGUGUAGUAUUAAAAGAGAACAAAUGCAAAAUUCAUCAAUAUCCUAUUUCUAGUUAUCUCCAAUAAAAUUCCUUUUUAUUUCUAACUGGAUCAAUCGUAAAUGAUUUAAUGUAUAAUACGUUGUGUAAUACCUAAAUAAAUUUAUACUUAGGUGCUUACAUUUACAAACGUUUUAAUAAAAUGCAAGUAUUCAAUAUUUUUAAUUUAAAACAGUUAGACUAUAACUAUAUAAGAUCAGUAACUGUUGAGUUUAUAGUUACUGGAUAAUUGUUGUAUAUUGUAUUUGGUACGAUUACUAAUAUUUGACAAAGUGUCUAUAUUGAAUGGCAUUUGUAUAACCCAUCAACAAUAAUAGCCUUUUUCGCCAGAACUUAAAAAAUAUAUUAAAUAAUAAGUUGGGUAUUUUUAUUAUUGAUGACUAAAUAUCUAAAAUAUACUAAAAUAUCUAAUAAUUUAAAUAAUUGAAUUGUUUUACAGUGCGAUCAGGUAAAAGAAGGUAUGGUGAACAGUGUUGCUAAAAUGGACGAAUUUUGCAAAGAAAACCAAUUCUCUGCGUGGUACGAGACAUCAGCCAAAGAAAACGUUCACAUUGAUGAUGCAGCCAAGACACUUGUGGCCCAGGUAAAAUAUACAUGAAAUAAUGUCAAAUCCAUUGUAAUAAGGAUAAAAAAUGAUGGGAAUUAACAUAUUUUAGUCAAUAUAGAUCUAAAAAACCAGACAAAUCUGUAGGCAAUUUCAAUUUUGAAAACGGAUUAUAAUUCUUUAGGUUUUUAUACAUUAUGAUAAAUAUUAGGUUGGAAUCAUAAAUUUUAUUAUUUCUUGAAAAUUGUAGACAAAUUUGAUUGUACCCAUUUGAAGAAUUGUCAAAAAUAUACAUACAGUAUUUUGUCUUUUACUAAGUAGAUGAUAAAGACAAUUAAAACUAAAAUUAUAAUUCUAAUAAAGAGUCUAAAGAAUCAUACUUAAUACAUUUUCAAAAUUGAAAUCUGUCAAACACCAUUCCAACAGUUUUAUCUGGCAUUUUGCAUUCUAAAAUGACAUUAUUCAUCUGUAAAAAGGGCUGUAUUCCUUUUCCUUUUAAUUAAUAUUGGGCAGUAGAUUAGUGGGAAAUUAGUGUAAAACCUCUGUAUCUAUGGUGGUCAUAAAUAUUAUUUAAAGACAUUUUUCAAAUUUUAGAAACCCUAACCAACCCCCUUAGAUCGUGACAUUCAUUCAACGUAUACAUAUUAUUUCAUUUUAAUACCUAACUGUGCUCUAGUUGUACUAUAAUAUUUUACAUAUAAUGUUAUACUUUUUAGUCAUUAAUGAAAACAGCUCCAUGGGUUUAUAUAAUUAAUUAGUGCAAAUUAAAAUAUUAUAUUUACGGGUAAUAACAUUAGAGAAGUUUUACUAAAUGUAUUUCAUUUUAUCUAUGUAUACAUUGACUCAAUCUAUUAGGCUAAUGAGCUUUUUGUUUUUAAUGUUAAUUCAAAUUAUUUUACCUCAUUUAAAAAACAAAUAUAAGUCAUACUCGUAUUAAUACAUUAUUAUAGGUGUAGAAUUUAAAUCAUAUACCACAAAUCAUCUGCUUAAUUAUAGAAAAAUGUAAGAAUUUUGUUAUGUAGUGCACAUUAUGAUAUUUGAUUGAUUAAUGAAUCAUUUAAUUUGUAUUUAUUAAUUUGAAUUAAACAUGACAAAAGCUCAAUUACAAAUUAUACAUUGUACAGUCAAUUGCAUGCAUGCCUACAUACAAACCUUAAAAAUAUCUAAAAUAAAAUAUAUUAUAUAAUCAGUAACAUUUAAUAGUAUAAAAAAAAACUUGGUACCUAUAAUAAACCAUAAAUGAUUCAUUGAUGUUUGCAGCAUUUAUAAAACGGAUCAUAGGAAAAUUAUGGAUGUCAUUAGUAGUUGCAUAAUAGGUGUAGUAUGGAAUAAAUUAACAAGUAUUAAGAUUAAUAGGUCAGAACAUUCGAGUUUACCAUUUGAAAGCUUAGUAGAGAAAGAAAGUUUCGACCUGUACCUGCGAUCAGUCAGUGAACAUUUUACUAUACUAAUGGAUAAUUGAUUUGUGGAACGUAUUUGAUUUUUGUUAGAGCAAAUAUUUUAAAUCAAUAACAUCACCAUAAGCAUUACUGAUUUGUCUAUACUUCCACAAGAGUAUGCGCAUUAGUGGCCACUUUUCAUUCUCUCGACUAUAGUUCUUUUUUUUUGUCCAAAAUAAUAUAUUAUACAUUUUGACUCAAUAUUUUAUUAUGUUAAUUUCAGAUUUUGAAGAACACUGCUCAAUAUAAACCGCACUCAAAAACGAAGGGACAGAUUUUAUUAAAUCAAGUGCUGUCCUCCAGCGAUAAGAAAACUAAUGGCAAUUGCUCUUGUUAAUAAUUAUUUUAAAAUAGGUACUUAAAUUUAUUUUAUAUUCAUUCAUUAUUAAAAUUUUUAAAGUACAAAUUUUGUUCUUUUUUUAACUACCUAAAAUAUUACGUCAAAGAAAAAUAUUUAGUGCAUAUAUUAUAUUACGAGCACCUAAAAAUUAUGGGUGGUAUUAUUUCAACAGUUUUACCAAAACAAAAUGUAUAAAACACUGGUAUAAAAAUCCAGCUGUAGAUUAACAUAUUUCACAUUCAUAAAUAACAUUAUCUGAAUUUGAAAUCUAAAUACAAAUUAAUUAAAAUUAAUUUGUAUUUUAAUUUCAAACAAAUGUUUCUUUUUCCUAUACUUAUGAUAUAAUCUAUAUAAUGAGCAAAUAAAUAUAAAAACAUGUGAUACAAUUAAUUUGUCUAAGUUUUAUUACUUAUUGUUGUACUUUGUAUUGUUUAUUAUUCAAUGUAACAAUGUGCCUUACUAUUGUAAACAAAUUUAUAGAAUAAAAAAUGAGUUUUGAUUAUAAAUAUACUGUAUGAUAAAAAUGUAUUUAUAUUAUGGAUUUAUAUGUUUCAAAAAUAUGUUUUAAGAUUUUUAUACCUAGGUAUAUUAUAUAUUGUACUGUGUUUUGCUUAAAAUAUAUAUUUCGACUAUCGUUACAUAGAUAACCGAUACAUUAUUUAAUUAUUAAUUGUUCAAAAUUCUUAAAAUGUAUUUAAAAUUAUAUCUGCCUUAAACUAUACUAGUGGAAUAUCCAAAAAUGUUUAAUGGGAGAGAAUGCAUAAUAAAUAAUAAUCAUAAAUAAAUCGUAGACUCUGAAAUUUCAAAAGCCAAUUUCAAUAUGAGAAAAAUCAAGCAUUUAUUUGUAACUCAGUUGAAAUAAUACCUAGUUAUUUAAAAGUUUGUUAGAUAGUUAUUUAAAUAGUACCACUAGUUAGUGCAAAGUUAAUCAAUGUUAUUAAACUUUGAAAUGUUAGAUGCAUAGUACACGGAGUCAAAAAACUUAUCGGACAUUAUUCACACAGAUAUGACAUUGUUGAAAAAUCUCUGGUCAAAAUCAAAAGUUUUCUAUAUAAACAACUAUUAUUUAUCUGUGAAUAUAAUACUACAACUAAACAUUGAUUAAAAUAACUUAUUUUACAUUGCACCCAAUAUGUAAACUAUAAAUUACCUAUAAAUAUAUAUAUAUACAAUAAAUAUCUACUGUUUCUAAAAUGCAAUUGAUUAAGAUUAAAAUAAAUACACUGUUGUUAAUGGUGGUGGUUACCUGUUCUCACAUAAUAUAAUAUGAUAAUAAUAUUAUUAAUUGUUAUACACCAAUAUUAACUCGUCUGCAGCGGGGGUCAUGACGGUUUUGGUUAAUUUUUUUUUUAUAAAUGGACUAGUGUCCAAUUAUACAGCUAAAUUAGAAAUAUACAUAAUUAAUGAAUAAAGACUAAAAUUAAGAAUAAAUUAUUGACAAUAAAUAUUAGGUAAAAUCAAAUACAUAGGUAUUAUCAGCCUUCAUCAAAAUGUUAUGAGAGGAAUUAAAAAUAUAAUUUUUAUUUGGGGAAACAGGGUAAAAUAGCAAGAAGUUUCUGAUGUUAAGGCUAUUUAUUCUAAAAUUAAAUGUAGACAACAACGCUGGACAAUAACAUUAGUUGACAAUUUAUGUAAACAUUUUGAUAGAAAUAUGUUCUUUUAAUUCUUCAAGUUCUUUUGACUGUGAGGAUGUCUAAAAAUAUUAAAUUUCAAAGAAAUAAAUCUUAAAAAAUUAAUUGAUUUUAUCAUUUUUUUGUUUAAAGUGUAUUAUUUAACCAAACUAAUGAACAGUAAUCAAGGUUUCAAUGAACAAAGUAGUUUUAGUGAAAUAGGAUUUGAAAAAGGUACGCUUAAUGAAAUCUAAAUUUCACAAAAUUUUAUUUUUUAUCAUUUCUGAGUAAAU